AUGUUAAUCGCAUUUUUAUUAUGUGCAAUCAAGCAAGCUGUCUCAAGUUCAUCAAGUGGGAUCACCCUGUCUGGAACUGAGCCUACUUUCAUCUUUAAUCAAGAUGAUCAUCCUUUUCAAAUAGACCUCAUAAAUGCAAAACUUCAGCUUGGAAACGGCGAGCAAAAUUGCAUCGAAUAUGAAGAGGGAGAAAACAUCUAUAUAAACGCGAAUGAAAUAUUUAUAAGUAGUCAUAGUAUUUCAAAUUUAAUCGGUAAUUAUUAAUAUUUUUUAUCAAAAAUUAGAAUUUCAACGUUGUAAUCUGACCUAUAUUAUAUAAAAAAGUAUAGCAGGCGACACUGCAUUUGAGGUAGAAAACACAUUUUCCUUAAAUGGCGUCAACCAAUGGCGUCUAAUCCAUUCUGAAGAUUUCACAUCACCAACUGGCUGGUCAAACAAUGCAAACUCUGAAUGUGCAGGCAUCGUGAUGCUUGGAGGUUACUGCCAAUUCUCAUCCUCUGAAGUCGCAAAAACUUUUUUAGAUCUCCCUUCUCAUAGCAGCAUCAAAAUUAAGGCAACUUUUCAUUUUAUUGAUGCAUGGAUCGGAGAAGCUGCAUACUUAAAAGUUGACCUAGAAGGAAAGUAUGAGUACGUAUGGAAUGAGUCAUAUAAAGCAGGACAAGCCAGCAGUGGAAUAAAGUGUCAUCAUUUUUUUAGAAAAAUUUAUUUAUUAGAUUAGAUUAGAUUAGAUUAUGCCAUUCGCUUUCGCAAGGGCCGGGGAUUUGUACCCUGCACGCUCAUCAUCCCUGAGGGAUCCCGGCGGACACCCUUCCCCGUCGUCGCAGGCGAGGCUUCGCGCACCAGUCUUGACUUCCAUGGCUCCUGGAGUCUAAGGGCCAACCACCUGGGUCGAAACUCCCAGUUUCUCGUUAGGCAAAUACCGUCUUCAGGGUCUGAGGGUCAUAUUGCCCAUCAGACAUUGGCCGACCUUACCCUUUCCAAUGGUUGUACCGGAGGAAAAACUCUAAGUCCAGGGAUUAGCUCCCUGGGCCCGAGGAAAACCCAGCCCGACUAUACAUAAGGAUUACCGGCCCCUUUCCACCUAAAUCCUCAACACUGGGCCGUUGCCUACUGCUGUUGAAGAAAUAGGGUCGAGAGGUCGGGUGGUCUGUCGUCACCAUUUUUAUGUAUAUAAAAAUUUAUUUAUAAAAUACUUAUUUAAUAAUAAAACUUUUGCUGAAUAAACAUAUGUGGAGCUCAUCAUGCAGAAGGAAAAUUCAGCAGUGAUAUUGAAGUAAACUUGCCUCAUAGUGAUAGCAGCCUAAGUGUUGUGUUCGGGACUACACUUGACCAAGAUCCUUGCGAUGAAAGCUGGGGAGUUUCGAGUUUCGAGAUUUUCAUUAGAUAA